GGAACGACGAAAAUUCAUCGCGUUGGAAUUCGACGAACCAACUUGAUAAGCAACAAACGCACCGCGCUGCGCUGCGCCAUGUGCAUCUAAACAACGCCGAUAUAUGCCGGAAGACUUGGCUGCUGUCACCCGCUGUGAAUCAGAUGUUCUAUGGUAGUGGGAAGGUAAUGUUGGAGAGGGAGGAAUACAAAAGAGCGUCGCUGCUCGUCGCUCCAUUGUCGCAAAUAAUCCUGAUUGUUGUCACUUCGUCGUAGUCUUCGUUCAUCGCCUUCGGUAGAGAGCUUGUAAUUUAAUUAAGGAAUAAAUAUGAAGGGCGCAUUGACUUUGCUAUUACUGGCAGUGCUUGCCACGGGACAAGCCAUUUCUUUUAACAAAAUCUUGGAUGCUGAAUGGUUCAUUUUCAAGUUGCAUCAUAAAAAAGCCUAUAAAUCUCCAAUUGAAGAGGGAUAUAGAAUGAAAAUUUUCUUGGAUAAUAAGCGCAAAAUUGCUGAACACAAUCGCAGAUAUGAGAUGAAAGAAGUUUCCUACAAGCUAGGAAUGAAUAAAUAUGGAGAUAUGUUGCAUCAUGAAUUUGUCAAUACUUUGAAUGGCUUCAAUAAGUCAGUGAGUAAUAUAGGAAAGUCUGUAGGAGCAACAUUUAUCUCACCAGCUAAUGUUGUAUUACCAAAAGAGGUUGAUUGGAGGGAACAUGGUGCUGUCACUGCAGUUAAGGAUCAAGGACACUGUGGAUCUUGCUGGGCAUUUUCUACAACUGGAUCUUUGGAGGGACAACAUUUCAGACAAAGCGGUGUUUUAGUAUCACUGAGCGAACAAAACUUAAUCGACUGUUCUGGAAAAUAUGGGAACAAUGGAUGCAAUGGUGGUUUAAUGGAUUAUGCUUUCCAAUAUGUCAGAGAUAAUAGAGGCCUUGAUACUGAGAAAAGUUACCCAUAUGAAGCAGAGGAUGAUAAAUGCAGAUAUAAUCCGAGAAAUAAUGGCGCUACAGAUGUCGGUUUUGUAGACAUCCCGCAAGGAGAUGAGGAAAAAUUGAAAGCUGCAGUUGCUACCAUAGGUCCAAUCUCAGUUGCUAUUGAUGCCUCUCGUGAAUCCUUCCAACUUUAUCGUGAAGGAAUAUACUACGAUCCCGAUUGCAGUUCGGAAAACUUAGAUCAUGGUGUACUGAUUGUUGGUUAUGGUACUGACCCAGAAACUGAUCAGGAUUAUUGGCUGGUAAAGAAUAGUUGGGGCGAAACGUGGGGUCGAGAUGGUUACAUUAAGAUGGCUAGAAAUAAGGAAAAUCAUUGUGGUAUAGCAUCCAGUGCCAGCUAUCCUCUCGUUUAAUUAUUGUUAACAACUUUUUUAGCAUAUUGUGAUUUGCUAAUUGAGGCAUGACAGAUGUGUUUAGGGGCCUAAUGAAGUCCUGCGAUAUUAAAAAUAUUUCUUAUAUAGUUCUUGAAAUAGUACAAUUUUUUAAAAAUAUAUUUUUAAUUUGAACGUAAAUAAAAUUUUAGCAUUCCUAAUGUCAGAUGAUUCCUUUUUUUACCACGUUACGAGAGACAUUGUAGUUACAAGGUUUUUUCCAACUUUCUUAGGUCCCUAUGUGAUUAAACAUUCUAAAUAAGAGCAAGAAACAUUCGCCAAAAUUGCGAAGGUUGUGAGCUUUGAAAGUGGCGGUUUGUCAUUAAAAUGUUCACUUAUUAAAGUGAUCGCUCAUUAAAAUGUUUAUUAGAUUUAGUGAUAAUUGUGGACCAUUACUUCAUUUGUAUUUAAUUUAUAUUUUCUAUUCUAUAUCUGCUGUAAUAUUAUUCAGCUAUUUUCUUGAUAUCCCAAGAAAAAAGGUUAAUAUUAUUUCACGUAUAAACUUUUUUUUAAUUUUAUUCGAACCAAAAUAUAAUCAAAAGUCCAAAUCUAAUAAUAAAUAAGUCUAAUUAAGCAGUUUUAAGUUGUCAUAUAGUAUCUCAAUAGUUCAGAGUUACAUGAGUCUUUGUUUGCUGAGCAAACUGAUCUCUAUUUUUUAGAAGGAAACAUGGAAAAUAAAGAAAUUCUUAAUAA